AUACUCUUCGAAACUGGACUAGAUCGGAGAUAGGUUAAGGUGUAAAUCCCGUUUGAGUCUCGAGUCUGAGUCACAGCUAGUCGAGACUUGAUAUUACUAGGUCGCCAGAUCAACCGGUAUGUAAGGAUAUGAUCACAUGAACUGGGUUUGUCCCAAUGCGUUCAGAAGUGCACGUAUGAGUUAUCAAUUUCCCGGAUGUCUGCUAUUCGUAUCUCCGCCCGUAGACACUCGCUCUCGAUCCAACCAGGUCUAACGACGUAAGAAGAACAAAAUUUCACAAUCUAGAUCUUUUCCGGCCCUAGAAUUCAUGCACCGUAGAUUCUAAAGGGUGUCGUUUUAUGAUCACGUCGAUUAAGUUCCAGCAAUCGCUGACUGGAAUUCAAAGUCGUCACGAAAAAAUUGAUGUCGAAAUUCAGUAACCAAAUAAUUCAUAGAAACUCGAGAGAAUCAACAGAUUUCGACUGAACAAUAAUAUUUUGUGCUGUCAUUUGCAAAUAUAUGAGUUAAAACAUGAGUAAAGAAAAGAAAAGCAAUGUCUAUACUCAUGCGUUAGGUGCAUUAUGACGUGUUGUUAUCUCUCUGUAUAAAUAAGCAAAGGAGUCACACACACUUUCAAAUUUUUCUUGUAAUGAUUACAAAAAGUGUGAUGUUUUUCUUCUUCUUACUACAACUUGUAGCUCACGUAUCGAGUUACAGCCGUUAUGAUAAAUGUUCAUCGAGUGGUAAGUGUCUCAUUCAUUUUUGUAUGAUCACAGAAACUAUCCUAUUGCGUCUUUCGAAUGAACUGAACUUUUAAACGUUAGGCUCGUAAUACGAGUCACAUGAAUGCAUCGAUAGAUCGUAAUCGAGAAAAGCUGUAAUUUUUAUAAAGUGAAGUGAAAGCGAGCUUGAUUACCAGAUGCAUUUAUGAAAACAAAUUAGCACGACCUUUGUGCGUCUUUAUUGCUAUAGUCAACGACUAAAUGGUUGAAUGUAACAUUUUUCAGCAACACCAUGUGCCAAAACAACAUGGGAAUCUAACGCAAAAACGGUGGCUGGAGGCAACGGUCCAGGAAAAGCUCUAAACCAAUUGAACUCCGCAUAUGGAGUGUUCGUUGAUUCAACUGAUGCCGUAUUCGUCACUGACAAUAUUAAUCAUCGAGUGGUCAAAUGGGAGAAGGGUGCAUCGAGUGGUGUCACUUAUGCUGGAGGCCAAUGCGGAGUGAGUGCGCAGGAUCUGCUGUGCUUUCCUACUGCUCUCGUAUUCAACAAGGAAGGUACUUUGUUCGUUACUGUCGAGAACGGUUCGAGCGGGAGUGUCAUUAGUUUGAAGAAAGGAGCUACGUUGGGUGAGACGUUCAUUACUGCCAAUUCAUCUUUUUAUGGUAUCGCUUGGGAUGACAAAGAGGAGUUUCUUUAUCUUGGGCAUCAUCGUGAACAUCGUGUAGUCAAGUAUACGAAGGAUGGGCAAUUCGUAAGCGUCGUUGCUGGUGGCAGUCAAGGUUCUGCUCUCAAUCAACUUGACUUUCCUCGAGGUGUUGCAGUCGAUGAGUACGGAACGGUCUAUGUGUCCGAUUCCAAUAAUCAUCGUGUAGUGAAAUGGACAGUAAAUGCUGGCGCAGGAGUUAUUGUCGCAGGUGGCAAAGGCAUCGGUAAUCGAACCGAUCAGUUCAACACAACAGGCGGCAUUAUUCUAGAUAAAAAUGGAACAAUCUAUGUAGUAGACGAGCUUAACCACCGCAUUUUGAGUGUGUAUGCAGGUGCACAACAUGGAGCUGUUAUUGCAGGCGGACAUGGUCAGGGUAAUAGUUCAAGACAGUUUAGUAAUCCAAUCUACUUGGCAUUUAAUCGCGAUGGAGACUUAAUAUUUUCGUGCGUUCACGAAAAUCAACGCGAAGUUGAUAAAAUUGAAACAGGAACUAACUUGUUCAAAUGUUUAAUUGCACUUGAACCGAGACAGUAUAAUGAUACAAGUGAGCAAUCGAAAAGCCUAGAAUAA